AUGGCGGAUCCGGGUUCACCUGUGGAUUAUUCCUCUCCUGGAGAACAGUUAUACACAUAUCCGGAUAUCGAUGAAUCCAUCCAAUAUCCGUGGCGAGAGGAUGAGGCUGCCUUGGCCCAAGCCAAUUAUGGUGUACCCGCGAUCGAUCCUCGAUUGUACCAAGACUCGUUUUCGGCCGGGUCCGGAGACCCUGGACUGGUGGAUGGCUACGCCUUGGAGAGUGAGGACGAAUUUGACGAUAGUCAAAUAGCUCACCAGACGGGCUAUGUCGAUGAAAUGGACGACGAUGAUUCUGAAUAUGAGCAAUCGGGAAGUGAAAGCGACAGCGAUGAGGAUGACGACUCUGAAGAUGAGGGUUCUGAUGACUCGGUUGCAGCGCGUCAUCGUCGCCGGGGUGGGGGACGAUUUGCUCGCUAUGGUGCUCGCGGCAGGAAAGGUGUAAAACGAGGGCCGCGCAAGCCGCUGGAUCCAGGUCCAGAAUUCAAGAUUUAUCAUUCCGAGGCUACGUCUGCCUUCAUUGAUGGCGAUUACGACCGAGCGCACGAGUAUGUGAACCAGGCGAUUCAGAUCAACCCUGAAAUGUUCCCGGCGCACUCGCUCCUGUCAGAGAUUUGGCUGGCCAGAGGAGACAAAGUACGAGCCUUGCAGGCACUUUGGAACGGUGCGCAUACUCGACCCAAGGACCCUACGGUGUGGAUGAAGGUAGCGCGUCUCCUGCUGGAUCGUGCGGGAGAAAGUCGAGGAAGCGUUUUGAACGACGUGAUCUAUUGCUAUAGUCGCAUUGUGGACAUUCAACCGAGAAACUACAACGUGCGCUUUCAAAGGGCAGCCCUCUAUCGAGAACUAGGACACAACGGCAAAGCUGCCGGCGAGUACGAGCGGAUCUUGCACGAAAGGCCGUACAGCAUACGAGCCCUGCGACACAUCGCCGAGAUCUUCAUUGAUUUGAAUGACGUCGAGCGCGCCAUUGUCCAUUGGUCCAAAAGUGUGAACCAUUUUUUGACUCUUGAUCCGGAUCGUGUCCAAGACUUCUCAUGGUCUGAUAUUAAUAUCUAUGCCGAGCUUUUCGGAUAUGUCAAUCGACCCAGGGAAGGGCUCUACCACCUCAAAUCACUUUCGAGGUGGAUCUUAGGUCGGAAAGAUGACAUUAUGUGGGCCGACUUUGAGGAUGAUGAUCGAGAGUGGGAUUCGCAAGACUCUCCUCGUCGUAUCAAAACGGAUGGGUACGUGCCUGGUCACUGGCCGCGAGACAGCUAUGGACUUGGAUUGCCAUUGGAACUCCGUGUCAAGAUGGGUGUGUUUCGACUUAAAAUGGGCGACAAGUACUAUAAUGAAGCCAUGCAUCACCUGGAGUAUUUGAAUCCAGAUGAUACUUCGGAAGGAGCACGGAUUUUCGACUACGGCGAUCUCUUUAGAGAGGUGGCCGAUGCCCUGAAAGAGCUUGGUUUACUUGAAGAAGCGCUCCGCUUUUACGAACCCAUCCAACACACAUCAGAGCAUGCUGAUGUUGGCUUUUUUCUCGCGAUGGCCGACUGUUGCAUGCAAUUGGGAAAAGUCGAGGAUGCCGAAAGUUGCUAUCUCACCGUUGCUGAUCACGAUUCAAGUAAUAUCGAGUCUCGCGCACAGCUUGCGAAACUAUACGACAGUCUGGGCAUGCCGGACCAGGCCUACAAGUACGUCAACGAAGCCGUCCUGCUCAGUCGACAAGAGACCAGGACCCGAAGGAGGAGAAAGGACGCCCGGCUGGAACAGCUCGCUGCUGAGUUUCGGAGGUCUGGUCCAGUUACCUUCAGACCGCUUGCCCCCAAGCCCACUGUGCAGGCUGAGACCGAGGGUGCCCAACUCCCUGGAGAAGGCGGCCGUACGGAUGAUAUCACAUUCCUCUACACCACAUUGCAGCAGUUGGAACCCAAAGUCAAGGAAGGGAAUCUGGAUGCAAUUGAGGACUGGCUUGACAUUGCAGAUGUCUUACUGCGCGAGUUUCGUUCGAAUCGCAUCUUCUAUCCGAUGGCGCGUACAACUGAAUUCUCAGGUUACGUCAGCCAGACAUCACGCCGAGGCAACGGAUCCAAAGAGAACACUUUCUUGACCGAGAUGGAGGAGAUAGCAGGACGUUUACAGAAGUCGAGAGGGUCAGCUGGUGUCGACGAACAAGAACCUCUGCAGGGGGCAAUACCGACAGAAUAUCAUGGCAUAUCGUUUGACGCUUGGCUUGACCUGUUUCUCCAAUAUUCGCUCCUCGCCACUGAACAGGGCGAACCGAUUGAUGCUUACGAGGCUCUGGAGAGCGCUGCCACUGCUAGUGUUUGGUUCCACGACAAACGCAAGUCCCGCAUGAUCCAUGUUUGCUGGUUCACGUGUGCACUUCGUGCGCAGGAUGAGGAUGUCCUCACAACCGAGGCUCGAUGGUUUGUGAAAGAGUACCAGUUCGUGACGGAUACAUAUCGUCUUUUCUCAAUGCUCGGUCACCUCGCGGGCAAUCCCCGGAAGUCACUGUUCAAUUCUUCCCCGAGCAUGAAGUUCAUGCUCCGUCAGAUCAAGGCCAUGGACUUUACACUACCGGAUGCAGAAGGUAAACCUAAAGCACCACGACAAUCUGUCUGGAGAGAACGGGCUGCUCUUUCCACGAAGGACGAGAAUGGACAUGACGUGCCCGCGUACGAGCUCGACAUUGCCUUGCUGGUACUCUAUGGCCAUAUCCUCUAUUCUGGAAACAGUUUCUAUCCGGCUCUGAACUACUUCUUCCGUGCCUACGCCCUCGACGACCAGAACCCAGUGGUCCUGCUGUCUAUUGCCUUGUGCUAUAUUCAUCAUUCGCAAAAGCGCCAGUGUGACAAUCGCCAUUAUCUCAUCAUGCAAGGCCUGUCAUUUCUGCACGAAUACCGCCGUGUUCGCGGAAAGCGUGGUGCUUCGCUCCAGGAGCUUCAAGAGAUCGAGUUCAAUUUUGCACGUGCGUGGCAUGGCCUCAAUCUCUCUCACUUGGCCAUCGAAGGCUACCAUCGGGUGCUUCAACUUAGUAAACAGAUUCAGCAACAUGCUUCGCAAAGUACCAGUGACGUCAAUGACGACGGCGAUAUUCAGAUGGCUGAAGCCCACGAGUCACCAGUUCCUCACAGCCAAGGCUUUGUUGAGGAUUUUUCUCGAGAAGCUGCGUUCGCUCUACAAUGUCUCUACGCCCUUGGUGGCGAUGCGUCUACGGCCAAAGACGUCACUGAGAAGUGGCUUGUCAUUUAA